AUGUUUCCUGUACGCUUUAUAUUACUAAUUGUUUAUUACUGGUCAUUGAAAAUCAUGGCCAAAGAACAACCGAUCACAAUGGCAGCAUUGGGACGUCCAUUUCAUUUGGGUAUGCUCUAUGAUACACGUAGUGAUAAAAUAAUCACUGGCGCUACUCUUUGGGAUCCUCAAAACUUGGCCAACAAUACAAGCACACGUAAACAACCGUAUACUGGCUUUGAAAUAAUUACUGAAGAUUCAUUUCAAAAUAAGGCACAAGCUCUAGGAGUCGAAGCUAGUUUGAAAUUAAGUAUGUUUGGUGGAUUGAUCAGUAUAUCAGGUUCUGCUAAAUACGCUGAAGAUUCGCAGAAAACAAAUCAUGAAACACGUCUGACACUAAAAUAUUCAACUACAACACAUUUUGAACAAUUGACAAUGAAACAUCUUGGUGAAGGUAACAUGAAUCAUCUAUAUUUAAAUGAUAAGGAUUUUGCAACACAUGUCGUUACUGGUGUCCUUUAUGGUGCUGAAGCAUUUUUCGUAUUUGAUCGUACAAUAUCGAAUACUGAGUCUAAAAAAGAAAUUAGCGGUAAAUUACAUGUGAUGAUCAAUAAAAUACCAACAUUUCGAAUCGAAGGAGAAGCUAAAUUGAAUAUGAACAAUCAAGAACAGAAUUUCAUCGAUAAGUUGAAUUGUAAAUUUUAUGGUGAUUUUCGUUUGACUGAAAAUCCAAGUACGUUUGGUGAAGCGGUUAGAAUUUACCGUCAGUUACCACUGCUGUUGGGUAAAAAUGAUGAGAAUGUUAUACCAAAAAAAGUGUGGCUCUAUCCAUUAAAUUUAUUAGACAGUAAAGCGCAGCGUAUUGUUCGAGAGAUUUCAUCGAAUCUGAUUGAUUACUCAAUUUCGGUGGUUGAAAAACUGCAUUCUUUAGAAGUGAGCGCAUUAGAUUUAUCAAAAAGUUCAAUUUUUACAUAUUUUUAUCAUAUGAAAGACCAUUUAUUAAACUUUGUCACGCGAUUGUCGGAAUUUCAACGUGAUUUGAAAGAAAAAAUUGCAUUGUAUUUACCAAAAUUACGCGGGAACACAGGCAUUGAAGAAUCUGUUUUAUUUAAUUUGUUUAAAGAAGUUGAUUCAUCGCCAUUUAAUCAGCGAAAAUUAGAAUCAUGGCUAGAAGAAAAACGAAAAGAAAUCUCGCUAAUUACCUCAUGGAUCGAAAAUAUCGCCAAAGAGACGAGCUUAAACAUUACGAUUAAAUCCUCGUCAUUAAUUGAAUUCAUUGGUGAUACUCGAUAUAAUUAUAUACUCUGUUUUUCAUUUCGUUUGGUUGAAGAAGAUGAUCAGCAACUUAAUGAUAUGUACAAUUAUCGAUAUCACAAGACAAAUUUUAACUCGUCCAAUAGUCAUCAAAAACGCGUAAAAUGGUUUGAAAACAGCCGUACUAUAGCGAAAAUUCGGAAAAACUUACGACAAUUCGUUGAAUUUGCCACGGCUAACAAUGUUGAAAAUCUAAAGAUUAAAUUCAUUGUUGAUGAAGAAUACUCAGUUGAUAAAGUAAAAAGUGCUGAACUUACGCUCUACAAUGAUGAAUCAGAGAAACUAGACUUCAUCAUACCAAGUAAACCAGGUGCACCGUAUGCAGAAUCUGUUACAGACAAUGAUGUAACAUUAAGAUGGACAGAUGUAGCAAGUGGAACUGAACAAGUAAACAAAUACAAAGUUAUGUAUCGGAAAUACAGUAGUGAAAUAUUAGCUCACAAAAAUGACAGCGUGGAAGAAAGCAAGUGGACUGACAUAGAUACAACGGCUAAUGAUACGGAGAUAGUUAUUUCAGGUCUGCCAUCAAACACCACAUUUGUAUUCAAAGUGCAAGCUAUCACAGCAAUCGGACUUAGUGCAAUUAGUGAACUUAGUAAACCUAUUAGCACACAGGCUAAGGAAGAGAAAGAUCGUAAGUUGGCACUUUUUGUUUGUCUAUUGUAG